GGUGUGUUCACCGCGGCCAGCAAGUCUGUGGAUUGGAAACCCCCUCAGCCUGCCAUUUAAAAGACCCAGGAGGCCGACUGCACGUCAAAAUAUGUAGGCUAAAAGGACACAGAGGACGGCUGCGACUCAGAUUAGGUUUGUUAAAUGGGAAAUCUGAUAGGCAGUUUGCGCUACAAGGAGCCGAGCACUGUGGAAGAAUGCGACUCGACGUGGGAGUCAGACUCGGAAUGCGAUGAGCAGCCGGGUGAUGAGGACAGCGGGAUAUCCGAGUGUGUCAGCCCCCCCUUGACGGGGAGAUGCGGCGAACAAGCGGACAUGUCCCCGCAGUUCUCUGACUCUAGCACCAAGAUGAAGAGGAGCUUUUAUGCUGCAAAGGAUCUUUACAAAUAUCGCCACAGCUACCCGAACUACAAGGAGCCCCGAUUACCUAAUGAGUACCGCAACCUUCGCUUCUACCUGAACACGAUCCCUCUAAUACCAGAUGUCAUCUUCAUUGAGGAGAUCCUGACCAAAUGGAAAGGAGAUUAUGAAAAACUGGAGCACAAUCACACCUACAUACAGUGGCUUUUCCCUCUGAGGGAGCAAGGGCUCAACCUCUAUGCUCAAGAACUCACUCAGGAGGAGAUCAAGGAAUUCCUAAGCACUCGGGAGGCCAAGCGGCGAUUCUUGCUGGCGUACACACUCAUGCUGGAUUUUUACGGAAUCAAACUCCUGGAUAAGAUUGGGAAUGUCACCCGAGCUUCCAACUGGCAAGAACGCUUCCAGCACCUCAAUGAGUCACAGCACAACUACCUGCGGAUCACGCGCAUUCUCAAGUCUCUAGGUGAGCUUGGCUUCGAGGCCUUCAAAGCCCCCCUGGUGCGUCUGCUGCUGGACGAGGCUCUGUGUCGAGGCACCCUGCCCAACAUGCUGCACAGCAUCCUGGAGUACUACGUCUACACAAUCCGCUCACGCUCCCUCCGCCGCAGCCUGCUCCGCUACGCAAAACAGCACUACCAGCCGGCCAACACCUUCCUCUGGGGGCCCCCGGCCAGGAGAAGAGGAGCUGGGGCCGGGCCAGGACCCAUCCUGGAGAGGAGCGGAGGAGACCCCCAUAGGGCUCGUAAUCCGCUGAUGAAGCAGGACUCAGGGGGAGGGGGGGAUGGGGGAGGAGAGGGGAAGGGAACCAAGGGCUGUACCGCUUCCACGAAAUCCCUCCAGGAGGGGGUGAAGGGCGAGUACAUUAAGACUGUACCACUGGAAGACUGAAGGGAUAAUAGAUAAUAGGGGGGGGGGGGGGGGGUCAUUGUAGAAAUACUGGCCCAUGCAAUGUUUUUAUGGACUUAAAAGUCGUAGCUAAGUUGUAGUAGCUAAGUUUAGUACGCAGCACAAUCCUUAACGUUAAACUACUCUUGCAAUGUUUUCUCUUUAUCACAAUGCAUUUUGUCCUUUUGUAUUGAUUGACUGCACUUGGCAAUCCACUCAUAAUUGUACAGACCGUUCUAGCCAAGCAGAUCACAUUUAGGAGUUAGCAUACAACAAACAGCCCGAUUGGUUGGAAGUAUGAAACAAACAAUCUGAUAGGAUAUAAACAACUGCUUGACAAGGCGGCUGCUGUGUGGAAUCUUGCACCUUUGACAAUCUGUGUCUUCCUAUAUGAGAUAUCUCUGUUACUUCCUGGUUACUUCUUGAGCUGAUCUUCCUAAUGGCUGCUGAUCCUGGCAAUGAGGGUGAAUCAUUGGCUGUUGGAUCCCAUCUUCCUACACAAAGCCUUCUGUAGCUUUCAGAGCAGCCAAGCUAGUCAGACGCACAGGCUCAUAUGAGAUUUUCAGGUAUACUGUAAUGCGAUUGAAAACAUGGGCUCAAGUGUUAAUACUGUAGCUGCUAGAUGGUAUGUGUGUGUUGAGACUAGUGUGUUUGUGAUAAGCAGUGUGUGUACUACUACUAUCUGAAGUGCCUCUUUUCUAUUCAUCUUUUAUUGGUUAAUUGUGUUCAGUUAGGGAUGUAGGUGUGUACUGAUCAAUGUUUCAGUUAAAUAUUUUCAUAUAUGAAUUUGGUUAGCUGAUGGGUUUUAGAGUAAAAGGCACAAUUUGCUUCCAUAAGAACAGAAACUGAACGUUUCAAACCGAACGUUUCAAUGUACCAGUAUGAUUAUAACAGGCAAAUAACUGGACGGCAGCUUGGGAUAGCACGUUUCUGUAGGGUACACAUUUUACAGUACAUUUAAAUCUGAGUCAUCUAGCAUACACAUGAUCCACAACAAUACCUGGCACUUGGGUCCUGAAUCCUGAACCAUUCUAUUGGGGAAUAAUUCAUAAGAAUCCUAAUGAGGAUGAUGUUUUUUUAUUGGGGAGAAAAAAUGCAGAACUGUUGAGUGUAUGUAUAUAGACAUACACAUUUGUAGUAUAGCCUCUCAAAAAGGAGGCUGAGUGGAUGGCUUGAAUCCAACUCUCUCUUUCUUAUUCUCUCUCUCUGUCUCCCUAGCCAUACAUUAUUGGUUGGCAUUGCCAUGUUAAAAUGUGCCAAUGAAGACCAGUUAAAAUGACUAAUUUACUCCCUCACGUUCCCCCUUCUCUCCGAGGCUUAUGAUAAAGAAGGAUCUCCUCCCUCUCUCUGUUUCUCUAAAGACCCUCACGUUGUUUAACUGUCCCUAUCGGCAUCUGGGUAUAGAUAGGCUUGGGAGAGGAUGGGAGGAUGAGGAAGAGGAGACAACUGGGGGAAGGGGACUAACUGUACAUCCAGUCUAUGGAAUGCUUGGAAGCACGUCUUGUCGAUGCGUAUAGAUGCGUCAGGUAUAGAUGCAUCUCUCUCGCUCUCUCUCUCUGUUGUCUUCCUUGUGACUGAUUGGUCUCUGGAUGUGUAAAGGUUCCCUUCAGAAGUGUGUUUUGUAAAUUGUAUCAAUUCUUAUGAUUUGUAUAAGACAGUUUGUGAAGCAUCAUUUUAUGGCUGCUGUAAUAAAUUAUGGCAAAUCAA